UUUAACUUUGGACCGUGUUGGUGUGGUUUGCAUUUAUAUGUUGCAUUCAAAAGAGUUAAUAUCACUCAAUUUGUCGAUUUUGAAUCACUUCACGCUUAACAUUCAAUCAGUUCAACAUGUCAACGACUGGUGAAACUACGGCUGCUACAGCGCCAAGAAAAAAGCGAUACAAAUUUCAAACGAAUGCGCAAAAAGAAAAGGAUGCUGAUGAUGAUGUAAACGAUAAUGGAUUGUUCGCGAUUAAAAUGCGCCUCAACACAAUUUUACGACCAGAGUUCAAUCACAUUGUCAAACCGUGGAUCGAACAGAAAAGCAUAAUGUCAACGAAAAUCACCGUUUUGGCAUCAUUACUUUUCUUGGAUAAAGUGAAAUCGGCACAAAUGAAUCGACAGUGGGAGUUUUUUAAAAACCGAACGUAUCCGGCCAAAAAAGGAAAGAAGAAAGGACAGCUCGUUGAAAAGAAUCGUGGCGAAGAAGUGAUUGAGCAAUGUUUCUAUGCCGUCUUGCAAAAAAACAAAGAAGGUGAGAAUAUGGAGCCACAUUUCCGUCAGUUUGUCGAAGAGCUCAGUCCAGAAAAUAAUUUCGCCUGGCCCAAGAACGAUUAUUUUGGUAAUCAUUUUAAAACGCUUUGCCAAAAUCACACGCGAUGCUUGAAAACCGGUCAAAAGACACACUGCAAGAAGAAGUUGAAAAAUUAUCUGCGAAUGCGAGCGUGGCAAUUCAACGCAGUGUCUACCGGUUGGAAAUUCGACAAGAAGGACAUUGACAAUGCAGUCGAUUUGAUGAUUCGAGGCUACAAUGCGAUCCGUGACACUCAUCAAAAUGCAGAUUUCAAACGACACAAGCGAACAUUACUUACUGGCAUGGUUACUGCAAUUGUGCGAGAAGUUGGUGGCCCAACCAAUGAUCACAACAUCAAGGAUUUUUCAAAAGGCGAUUAUUGGUUCAAAGCAACUGCAAUGUGGCUCGUUAUGCAGACAGAAAUCGAUGAGUGGCACAAUUGGGCGCAAGAUAACAAUGUGAAGAUACCAAAUAUCAAAAAUCUCUCGGUUGUUCCAUUGCCUGAUUAUCAACGAAAGGCAGUGUUCAUGUGCAAUGAUGUCUUCUAUCGAAUGCUGGCCGAAUCGAAACAACUUCCACAAGUUGAUGGUAGACAAGCAACCGAAAGUUACAUUCGCCAGAACAAAGAAUUCUAUUGGAAUCAAGUAUUCGAUUUAACGACCAUCAAUCGAAAACUGAAGAAAAACAAAGAAUUCCAUUAUACCAUCGUCAGCAACGGUGAAUCUGUGUCGAUUAUGUAUCGCAUGUCAAAGCAAUACGAGCAACAGAUGCAGAAUGAUGAUAUUCUUCGAAAGCAAUUCAUGGGCGGAAAAUUUGCUUACGAACUGGGAAUCGAUCCAGGCAUGAAAACAUGGAAUGCCACAGUUCGUCGAAAUAUCGAAACAAAGAAAGAAGUCAACUUGAAAACGUCCAGUAAGAAGUACCAUUGGCUGGCAAAGCAGAAGACGCGCGAUGUAAAGGCAAAACGAUGGACGAAGCAGUUCACCCAAGAGGAGCAGGACGAUCGAAAUAAUCGACAAUUGUAUCAGCGAAUGCCAUCACCACUGGGCAUACUCUGGAUUGAUUACGUUCAUCAUCGUAUCAAAAUGCUCAAGAAAGGAAUGGCCGUGUAUACAACACCGAAAUACACGCUGUUGCAGUUUUAUGUUUGCAUUAGAGGUGUCAAGCGCUCGUUUUCGUGUUCGUUCGCGUUCGUCACGAAAACGAACGAACACGAAACGAAAUUUAUCUUUGCAAACGAACACGUUCGUUUGUAGUGGCUGUCCUUGCGAACACGAACGAACUUGAAAAUCAAUUUCCACUCUGCGAACAAACAAGUUCGUUCGUAGUGGUCUUCUUUAUGAACGCGAACGAACACGAAACACAAUUUCUAAUCUGCAAACGAACGUGUUCGUUCGUAGUGCUGGUCUUUGCGAACGCGAACGAACGCGAAAAACCAUUUCCAUUCUGCGAACGAACGCGUUCGGACGUAGUGGCUUUCUUUAAUAAAACUCUGGUCAUUAAACAAAAGGC